AUGGUAUUCUUACCAUUAACACUAGUACUAGUCACUCUAGUUCUGGCGUGGUACUUCAUUGGAAAAUACAAUGAAAAUUAUUGGAAGAAGCGUGGUGUAGCCUUCUAUACCAAAAACAAAGUAGUGGGACCCAUGUGGGACUUCAUGACAUCACAAAAAGCCCUGUUCGAGAUCUUCGGAAAACUGUACAAAGAAUACAGAAAAGAACCAGCCAUCGGCAUCGGUCAAUUCUUAACUCCAUCACUGUUUGUCAUUGACCCGAAGAAUGUGCAACAAGUGCUAUCAGGUGACUUCCAAUCUUUUAAUCACCGAGGCAUUGAAAGCGUCGAAGGAGACACUUUGUCGGAUAACAUUACCUUUAUGAAUGGUCCAAGAUGGAAGCUGAUGCGAUCAAAUAUGACUCCAUUGUUCACGGCAAACAAAUUAAAGAACAUGUAUUACAUCAUGGACAAAAGUGCUCAAGACUUCGUGCAAUAUUUGAAAAAUAACUCCAAGUUGCAGCGUAGUGAUUUAUUCGAAACUCUUAUGAUGUUCUGUAAUGCUGCCGUUUGUGGUGCUAUCUUCGGUAUUGGAUCAGAGUCAGUCUUUGAUACUCCUUUCCUCAAGCUUGCCAAAAACUUAUCGCAAUCGAAUAUACUGGUAAGAAUGAAAUUCAUAUUCUACACUUUGAGCCCAAAAAUGUAUACGGCGUUAGGUUUUAAACUUUUCAAAGAACAUGAAGAAUUCUUUGUUAAAUCAAUUGGUGAAGUGUUAAAACGAAGAGAUCAGGAAAAUGUUAAGAGACACGACUUUGCUGACAUUGCUUUAGCUAUACAGAAGAACGGUACAAUGAAAGACCGUACAACAGGAUACGAGAUAGAGCCUACGACGGGUAUACUCUCUGCACAGGCAUUGUUCUUCUUCACUGCUGGUGUAGAGCCGUGUGCUAAUGCAAUCUAUGCGACGUUGUAUCUCCUGAGCUCUCAUCCAGAAAUACUAGAAAAAGUGCAUCAAGAAAUUGAUGAACAUUUUGAAAAACAUAGCAACAAUAUAACCUAUGACGUUAUUUGUGAUCUGGAGUAUACGGAAAAAGUAUUAAGUGAAGCGAUGAGAAUCUUCCCUCCUAUUGGAUUUUUGACCAGACAAUGUGUUCAAAAUACUGUUUUGCCGAUUGGUAAUAUUCCAGUGGAGAAAGGAACUAAAAUAUUCACACCUAUUUAUGAUAUCCAUCAUGAUCCAGAAUUGUAUCCAGACCCAGAAGUGUUUGACCCAGAGCGUUUCUCCAAGGAUAGGAGACCCAAUGACGACAUUUACAUGCCAUUUGGGAUGGGCAAUAGGACGUGUAUAGGUGCCAGGUACGCCAAGUUGCAAGUGCAGGCUGGCUUGGUGCACGUCUUACGUAACUUCACUGUUCAACUAUCGAAAACCAGUGGAAAGUUGAAAUUUGCACAUGAUCCUCUUAAUGUAAGACUCAGAAAUAUCGGUUUUGAGUUGGUUCCUCGAGGAAUUAAAUAG